AUGAAUGCCUUUCCUGCUGAGCUCAUACAGCAUCAUUAUGCUUGUAUGCUCGUGGCAGGUCUACUACCACCUCAGCAGAGACCACAACUGCCAACAACACAGAGCAGUUCAAGAAUUGCUUCAAAUGAAACGGAUAAGCCAGCCAGUGAAGCCGCUGCCUCACCCGAAAACCCCGACAAAGAUCUCACACAACCUGCUACGAAUGCUGCCGCUGGUCCAUCUCAACCUCAACCUUCCACAUCUGCACAACCUAGCACGGAACAUGCAUCAGAGAAGUUUCCAAGUUUGAGCAGAGAUCUCUGUGACAUCUUCUCUUCGCGUGGACGGGGUACUGCAUGGGAUCCCGCAAAAGCAAAUAGUGCCGUAUUCCAUACCGUCUUGGUCGAUCAAAAUGUUCGGCUACCACCACGCAAGACAAGACCAUCUGUCCGAACAUUAACAGCAACACCUCCAGAAAAGCAAAAUUUGGGCGCUAAUCUACCUCCACGAUCACCUCUUUCACCUUUACACCCAUCUUCUCCGCUUUUUCCCGAUGGUUUGAUCGCACCAAUAUGGCUACGGAAACAUCGCGAACUCGUACCUUCUGUUUUUGUCGCUUUUCAUUGUUUGGCCGAACAUGCGAUGCCUAUUCCACCACCUACGCCGCCCAAGGAAAAGACCGAAGAGGGUGAAACAGUAGCGGAAACCGAAGGGAAAGAAGAAACUAAGCAGCAUCAAAAAAUGACUCCAGGACUUAGCGGCCCUGAGCUGAAAGCAAAGGACGAGGAAUUGAUCAGGAUAAUAGCAGAACGCAAAAGAUCGCUCAGUGAGAGAGGGAUCAAGCUUACUGUGGUUCUCCUCACUACAAGAGCCAUGCUGGAAUCUUCUACCUUGGAGCAAAGGCUGUCGUUUAUUCGACGGUCAUCACAAUUAGACUCAAAAGCUUCUCUGUUCGUCUUGACUCCAGUGUCAAAAGCGGAGUUAGGAGAAUUUGUCACAUCUCUCCAGAACGCCUUGUUCGACCAUGCAAUGGAUUAUUACCGAGAACAAUUUAGGCGGGUGCGAAGGAAGAGACAGAAAUAUCCUCCUCCGAUGUCGACUAUCUCGCAAAUCAUGUCUGUAGCAUCGGAGUUACGUGGAAGUCCGAUCAAGGAUCAACCGUUGAGUAAAGAAGGAUGGCUUGCACGAUGUGAUUACAAGAUGGGCGCCUUUGCAGAAUUUGGUGGUAAUUUGGACGAAGCUUUGACGUACUAUACGACUGCAUACCAAGUUCUGUGUAACGAACUGCUCACAUCUACUAUGCUUCUACCACCAAGAACCAAACGGUGGGCGGAAGCGAAGGUUUUGGCAGAUACGCUAAGCUUCCGGAUUUCGAAACUUCUACUCUAUCGAGACAAUGGGGAAGGCGCUUGGGAUCAUUUCCGAUUGCAUCUCAAGAAGUUUAUCGAGCUCAGCCAAGGAUGGGGAAUUGGCGAAAUGACGUUCGAGUUCUGGAGUUGGCUGGGAAAGCAAUACAAGUUGAUGGGAGAUUUGCUUGACCUGGCCAUGCGUGAAAUACCCGGAUCAACGUUGCCACCUUUUCGUCCUUCGAUGCACUUUCCGCCAAUGCCUACCAUACUCCUACACCCGCUUCAUCUGCCAAUGCCUACUGCAAGUGGCAACGUGGCAGCUUCGUACAAUCCUCAUCAUGGCAAUUUGGCUGCACCGAACGAAGCUGCAAUGGCAUCGUAUGUUGUACCAGCAGAAAUGUGUCCUGGCGCAGGAGAAUGUUUCUACAUCGCUGGUGUGUGUGCUUUAGAGCGAUGGGAGCGAUAUAAACGGCUACAGUGGGAACAAGAUCAACAGACAAAUGGCAAUGCAAGCGAUGUCAAACAAAAUGAAAGUUGGAGUACGGUCAAUAUUACUCAGGAAAGCCGGGUUGAUCAUUCUGGACAGGCCAUUGAAGCUUUGACUAGAGCACAUGAAGUGUUUAAACGACAAAGAAGGCAUCGCUUGUCAUUGUUCGUUGCUUCAAAAAUUGCCAAUGCCUACAUCGAUGCCAAUCAGGAUGAACUGGCACUACGUUUCUUAGAAAGGACUGUGAAGUCGUACCAAUUUGAGAAUUGGUCUGGCCCACUAAGCUCGCAACUAUUACUGGCACUUGAAUCAGCACGUAAAAUUGGUGAUGUGGACAGCGAAGGCAAAGCUUUGUGGAAAUUGUUGAGCAGAGGAAGUGCACUAUCAGAAGGUCAAUAUGACCUUGCACUGGAGCAAGUGAAGGUGUGGAUUGCCAACAAAGAAUUACCGCAAGAUAAACGCCCGUCUAAGCUCGAGUUCAGCAGGACAAAUGGACCACUUUGCGUCAAUGUUGUAUUUGGAAAAUCGAAUGUCAGUCUAGAUGGCCAACCAGUGCCUUUCCAAGUGCAAAUUUCGGCACAUGAAGGCAGAGGCUUGGAGGGCGUUUCAUUUGACAGACUUUCGAUUCAUAUGCGCGAUGAAGAGGAUGAAAGUGUGCGGAUGAUCGUGCACCAUCAAGAAAGUGCAGAAUCUUGUCCAAGUCUUACAAUGAUUGGCUCUUUGGAUCUUGGCACGUUGCAAAAAGGAAGCGAGCAGAUAGCAGGUCAAGCUGCACUUACAUGGCCAAAGGGUCAAGUCAGUGUAUACCAAGGAUCCGUAAUUGCAAAGCACGUUGGUCUCCUUCAGAUCUCUAAUAUUGUGCUUGAAAAGGACGGCAACGCACCCUUCCUACUAGAUUUCAACACGUCCAAUGUGGAAGAGGAGGAACACGGCGAUAUUGUGCAACCGAUAUGGUUUGUCGGAGCGAAGAAGUUGAAGGUGCUCCACUUACCAUUCACUGACAAUCAAGACGGACUGGAGGUGCAACGAAAGAAACACAAUUUGAAGAUCGACAUUCAGCACGAAUCGGAAGCCUACCUUGACGAACAAUUCAUCUUCACGGUCAAAGUGUCUAAUGAGGACAGUAUACCCUUGGCUUGCUCUCUUGAUGCUCAUAUUUUGGGCCCACCAGGAGAGGUGUUGAAUCCGGAUGAGGUAUGGUCUGAUGCAGAUGUUGCUGGGACAAGGUUGAGCUCUUUACGUGAUGUAUUUUUGGGCAAGAUUGCACCGAAUGAAUCUAUUCAGCAAGUGAUAUACGCAAAAUUCAAGAAACACUUGGCAGCAAGAACAAUCGAUUUCGUGUUACAUAGCAAAAGUGACGAAAAGGACGACGUUGAUUCGGAAGCGAUCACGAGCGAGAUUGUCACCUCAAAAUCCCUUACCGUUUUGCCAAUCUUUUCAAGUGCUUAUCAUGCACAAUGGACACUUUUACGUGAUGCGGAUCAACAAGAUUCCAAAUCGACACCGAAAGAAAUCACUACUGCAUCGAUCGGAGCAGAUGAUGUUACACAAAUAACGGCAAUCGCAGCUUUGAAUGUUGGUGUAUCUAUUCUAGCUCGUCAAGCCAUUCGAUUGCACCGCAUCAGCAUCGUGCUAGACAGUGAGAGUAAGCAUUUGCGUAUAUGGGGCUCGGAUGGAUCGCAAUCACCAGAGCAAAUUAAUACAGAUGUGACUGGCUCUUGGACGCUGGAUGAUAAAUGGGGCGGUGUGUACGAUAUCGAGAUGCUGAGUGAAAGCACUACUGGAAUGCCAAUCGAGGCAGAAGAUGCAAGUCUUCGACCCACUGGAAAGCUUCUUGUUGAAUGGCAGAGGGAGAACAAAUCAGGUGUUGAUGAAAGCAUGAAGAAUAUCAACACCAGUGUUCUUUCUUUGCCACUCUUGCUCCCGCCUCACUUGCUUUCCCGUUUGAUCGUUUCUUUGCCUUCUUCUACUUCGAUCGAACAACCACUCGUGAUGUUGAUCACGAUUGUGAACCCUUCACGUUUGGCAGCCGAUAUUUUCAUCAAUAUCGACGAUUCAUCUUCUGAUUUUAUCAUCCAAUCUCAUCGAAGCUUUACCGUUCCCAACUUGAUGCCAAGAAGUACGAGAAGUGUGCCUAUUCAUGUAGCGCCUUUGCGAUUCUUACAUCAAAAAGGUGCUGCAGCUGUACGAACGUUACCCCGGAUACGUGCAUGGCAAAGGGAUAGAAGACAAAGCGCACUCGCAAAUCCAAGCGCAACAAGUGCACGAUCGAGCAUGGACAGUGCUGGUGUAAGUGGUACAGGUGCAAAUCAACUCGGUACAAAUAGACAAGAUGAAUUGCCGCAAAUCGUCAAUCAACGUCCAGGUGCUGGCGUACCUCUGGAAGUACUUCUUCGUUACACUUCCAAGACGGCAGGCGGAGUGGGAACAACUGCAGCAGGAGCAGCGAUUGCAUUGCCUAAUGCAGCAGUUGGCGCUAAUCAAUUGGGAGGUGGAUUGAUGAAUAGUAAUGUAGGAAGCAAAGACUCGGAUGAGAAUACGCAGGGUCAAAGUGCUAGCACUACUAUCGAUGUUGCUGCUCACUUACAAGCUGAAACGCAGAGGACUGGUCUAUGGACAGUCUUCGUUCACUAA